GGGCGCUCUCUCCUCGCCGCCGCACUUUCACUCUCUGCCGUUGCGUUCGCUCAGCCUCCGUCUUUGGUUCUCCUGUCGCCGCCGCCCGCCCGUGCCAUGGAUGCCAAGGUCGUCGCGGUGCUGGCCCUCGUGCUGGCUGCGCUCUGCCUCAGCGACGGGAAACCAGUCAGCCUGAGCUACAGAUGUCCUUGCCGAUUCUUCGAGAGCCACGUUGCCAGAGCCAACGUCAAGCAUAUCAAGAUCCUUACCACUCCAAACUGUGCCCUUCAGAUCGUGGCAAGGCUGAAGAGCAACAACAGACAAGUGUGCAUUGACCCGAAACUGAAGUGGAUUCAGGAAUACCUGGAGAAAGCUUUAAACAAGAGGUUCAAGAUGUGAGAGGCGCAGGUUGGGUCAGACGCCUGAGGAAACCUUACAGUAGGAGGCCAGGUCUGAGACCAGUGAUAGGAAGGGCUCCUAGCCCCGGAGGGCCAGUGCAUUUCCCAGGGCUUGGUUUUGCACAGUUUGCCUUACUUUCACAAUUUGAUUAUGUAGCAAAAUAUAUUCUGUUUCUUUUUUAUUUAGCUUGAUUACACAAUGUCACUGGUGACAGGAACUUAAGAGUAAAACCAUUAUUUUACAUUAUUAUAAUAUCUUUCCCAUGGAGCCCCUGGUCUGACUAGGGUUCCUGAGUUUUAUGAUCCUCUAAGCUGCACAGGCUGGGAUCCCAGCCUGAGGGAGCCUUGUCCACAUGAUCAAGUUCUGGGAUGGAGAGCCCCCCAGAGGCAUCAAGUUGGGACCAGUCAGCAUGGGCAAACCCUAGUGAAGGCCGCCCUGUGCCCCAGAGGGUGGUGGAGGGCCAGGCAGGAGGCUCACCUUCCUUCAGUGAGAUCACAGGGGCAUCCCUGAGCCGCGGCAGGCAGGAAUGUGAGGCCAGAGCAGGGCAAGAUGCACCCUUCAUCCGAGCUCUCCUCUGCAUCCCAUCACGUUCUUCUCAUCAUUCUCUCUCUCAUCCAUCAUCAUGUGCAUCUGAUACUAUCUCCAUGACCACGGAAAAGGACUCUCUCAAGACGAAAGCUUUAAUUUAAACUGGGCACCAAGAAGCAAAUCAAAACAUAUUCUGUUAUCAAGUCCCGGAAACACUGUGCACAUCUGUGUCUAGUUUGGAAUAUUGUGUGUUGUCCAAUCCUGUGCUUAUGGUCAAAGCCAGUGUCCUCAGUGCUGCGUUGUCAGUUCCUCAUACGUAUGCAGAGGCUGAGAGUGAGGACAUGCCCCUCCGGGUCUUUGACCAGGCCCCUGACUAGGGCUAUGAUAAUUUGGGUGGAUGACCUUGUUUCCCCACUGAUCACAAAGCCAAAGGGGAUCAAUGGAGUCCAAUGGACUUUGCUUUGCAGCAGCACUGACCUCUGAGGACACUGACCCUCACUGUUUCCAUAGAUGCUGAUAUGUCAGAACUGUAGUAAGUUUUAUCUUGUUGUGUCAAGUCCAGCAUUAUUUUGGACUAACAGAAAUAACAAGAAAAGAAUUCUCAACUUUUUUUGGUUUCGAAAUCCCGAUCCAUAAAAUAACCCAACUUGGGCUUUUUUUUUUUUCCUCCUCAUUAAAAUCUAACCUCAUUUUUUGUCACCAUUUGGCAACCCCAUCAUCUCUUACCUUACACAGUGGCCCCUGGACCUUGCCGUGCCCUUGUGCUGCUGUUAUCCUGUGCUUUCAGGACAUCCAGCAGACCAUUCCUCUUAGAAAAUGAUGGGACAUUUGGGACAGCUGGUUAAGGACCCUAAUGUUUCUGGUGUUUCUCUUACCUCGGGCAAUUGUAGAGUUACAUUAAACAAUUUUAAAAUUUCACUUUUAAAAAGGUAGGCACUUGAAGGUUUUUUGUUUUGUUUUGUUUUUCAAUUGGUCUCACUAAUACUUUGCUCCUUUGGUUAAAGAUCUCAGUAAAAUUUUUAAAAUUAAGAAAGUAUAAAAAAAGAAGGGCAAAACAAGGAAAUGGAUCAAUUGACAGGACAGUGCAAAUAACAUGCAGAAAGCAUUUUAUAGUAAAAUUAUCUUGAAUUGUAGGUGUUUUUAGAUUCAGUAACCUUUGGGUUAUUAGUAACAUGUGUUAGGUAUUUCCAUAAGUAUUCCUUAAAAUUGGAUAUUCAUGGUAGAAGGCCAACCAAACAAAAACUAACCUCCUCCAAACUAUGUUAUAUUGUUAUAUUAAAAAAAUGGUUUUUUAAAAAUAUAUGGGACUUUUAUUAGUUAUAAGAGAUACAGAACUAGUUUUGAAAUCCUCAUUUGAAAUUAACCUGUCACUACACAGCUCCUGAAUUGUACCUGAAAUUAUUGACGUUUUAGUGGGAGGGUCAUUUGCUAGACAAUCCAAGAUAUUUAAAAAUCUGGUGAAAAAUUUGGAAGCAUCUUCCCCUGAAAUCCAUGAACCAGAACCAUUUAAUCUGUUACUCUGAGGAAAUAAAUACUCCCCUAAGUCUUAACUACAAUUAAAUAAAGAAUCAUUUCUGUUUGUCCCCUAUAAGGGGAAAAAUAGCUAAGAGUAGAAACUGUGAGGAAAAUUAUUUGUGUAACAAUUCCUCUACUUUCAAUCUGCUCCUAAAAGGUGACUUCUCAGCUAAAGCAAAUAUGCAUUUAAAUAGGCCAUUUGCAAAGGAAUAGGCAUUCCCUGUUGCUUUCAAAAUACAAGUCAAGUGCCUCAGGUGAUUAGGAGUCACUCAGCUGUUCCUCCAGGCCCGGUGCCGCCUUUCCCCAACCUUCCCUUGGGCUCAGUGUAACCUCCAGGGAGUCCUCUGCUGCCAGUCUUUGCUUCGGGCGGGGGAUGGGGGUCGCAGAUGUGCUAUGUGUUGGAAUCUGUGCCCUGUGUUGUUUGUGCUGUUGUUUGUCCUGUUCGCUCAGGCCAGGUGCUGAGACCCCAGCGAGGAGCCUCACAAGGGGCCCUCUGCUUGUCUGAGCAGAGGUGCUGUGUAGCAGCAAAGGCUGCGGUGCCUCCGUGUGCAGUCCGAAGAGUUUCUAAGCCUUUCCAUUGAUCUCAUUUCACCCUCCUUUUCUGACCAUGGCCUGGUGUGAUCGCCAUGGAUUCCCUGGCAGGGACGUCAUCACCUUUCCCAGGUGUGGCGCCUUUUGCAGCUGGAUGAGAAUUGUGGGGUCCUGAUCCCUCUACACAUCUCCCCUGACCCAUUCUGAGGGAACCCCAUCCCUGGGAAAUGCUCCCUAGAAACGUCCAUAUCCCCUCAGCAGACCACUGACAACCAAGUUGAGAACCCCACAGGAAAAGUGUUAUCCUGCCACCUCGCUGGACUCUCAGUCUCUGACUAGUGACAGGUUCAGUGUUAAAUGUGAUAAAUACUGUAUUUUGUGUUGUUUAAAUUGCAUCUCCCAAAUAAUGUGAAAAUGGUCCAGGAGAAGGCAGCUUCCUACAUGCAGUGUGCUUUUUUUAACAAGUAACAACUCCUUUUGAGAAACAAUUUCUCCUUUGAAGUCAUAUUAAUAAAAAUAUGUAUAUGCACUUAUAAUUGUCCUAAUAAAGACAUGUAUUCAAAUAUA